GCUUUUACGUCAGCAGCAGCAGCAGCACGCGCCGGCCGAGGGGAGGAGGGGCUGGAAACACAUAUAUGCCGUUUACACACACACACACACACACACUCACACACACACACACACACACACUCACACACACAGCUGCGUUCCCCGCCGCUGCUGCACGAGACGGCUCCGGUACCGGAUCGAUCCGCCGCCGCACGAGGCGGGGAUGAAUCCCAGGGCGGGAAAAUGGGAAACCAUGGCAACGGACUCGAGCGGCUGAGUGACUGAAGCUCCUUUUGAUGCAGGUGAAGCACACCGUAGUCACGCUGCCGCAGUGUCUUCAUGCUUCCUGCUGGAGCUGUGACGUAAGAGAUCAACAGGACUCCCCUAACAGUCUGCAGCUCCCCGCUGAAGCAUGUCUUCCUCGUCCUCCUCGUCUUCCUCGGAGCUGCCCUACUUCUGUCCUCGCUGUGGGGACCAGUGUCGUUUCUCGUCUGUACCUGAGCUCAGGGCUCACCUGGUCAGCCGGCACACCUACGAGACCCUGCUGGUGCUCUCGCAGGCUCGGGUUAGGAGCUCCAGACCUGGUGCCCUCCUCCCACUCCCCAACCAAGCUGUAUCCCAAAGACAAAGCUCCUCCCUGGGCAUGAGCGCCCACAGCCUCCCCCUGCCGCUGGCCUGCCUGGACCUGGCCUCCUCGUCCGCCUCCGUCCAGCUGCUCAGGGAAAUGUUCGGCUCUUCAGGGGACCCCGCUCGACCCUCUUCAGCUGGACCUCCAGAGGUCCCCUCCACAGCUCUGGCCCUCCCCGGCUCUGUGGGGCAGAAUCUGGGCCAGAUGGGGCUCCAGCUGGGCCUGGACUUGGGGUUGUCAGUAGGGAUUGGGCUGGAGGAGAGACUGGGGCUGGGGCUGGAUCAUAAAAUUGCCCGGACGUUUGCGGAGGUGGAGGAGAGGGUGAACAGCCGCAUGGGUCGACUGAAGGCGGAGCUACAGAGGAGGGAGGCGGAGCUAGAGGAAGAGAAGCGCGAAGGGGAGCGACUGAAGUGUGAGAAACAGGAAGUGGAGGACAAGGCGACUUACCUGGCCAGACAGGUCUCUGCUGCCGUGGAGAUGAUGGAGCGAUUAAAGAAAGAGAUGGAUGGAAAAGAGAGAGAGCUGAAUGACCGACAGCAGGAGAUGGUGGACAUUGAGUGUUUUCUGAGGGAGACUGCAGAGAAGGAGGCCGAGGCCAAGUCCAGACUUCAGGUGUUCAUAGAGACGCUGUUGGAGCGAGCGGACCGUGCAGAGAGGCAGUUACUGCUGCUCAGCUCACACUCUCAUCACAACCACUACACACGCCACAACGACAGGUACACACACACAGACGAGUACCUCCACCCGUACACGCACGCCCAGGGAUACACGCCUGUACUCGGCCGAGGAGGGCGCAGUCUGGACGCCAGCACUGAUGACAUCAUCGCGAGCAAGAUGCAGGAAACCAUCGGCAACCGGAGGAGUUACAGUGUCUCAGGCUCAUACAUGCUGGGAGAGCAGCUGUACAGCCAACACCCCUACAGCGAUCCCACGAGUCGUAUGCGGACCCUGUCUCUGGGUUCUGGAGGGUGGGACGGUGAAGGAGGGUUCAUGCAGCUCCACCCUCACCUCUACGCCUCCCCCUGGACCCGACGAGAGAGAGGAGGAGGGGACGGGAGGAGGGACAGGCCGUGGGUCGGGGAAGGAGGCUGUGGGAGAACCUGGAACAGAAGAAACCAUCGUAACCACAGCACUGAGGAAGAGGAGGAGGAGGAGGAGGAGGAGGAGGAAGAGGAGGAUGGAGAGGAGGAGCAAGGAUUCUGGAGCAGCGCUGAGAUGAGGAGACUCAUCUUCGCCAGGACGCACACACCUGGUUCAGAAGUCCCGUCAUCACUUGACUCCACCUCCUCCCGCUGUCACGGUGACAGAAGCUUGGGGGCGGACACCUUGAAGCUCAGGGCGGGGCUUUUCUGUGUGUUUCCAUACCUGGACGUGCGCUCUCUGCUGCGUGCCGCCGAAGUCUGCUCUGAUUGGCGGUUUGUUGCCAGGCACCCGGCGGUGUGGACACGCCUCCGGCUGGAGAACGCCAGAGUGUCGACGGAGUUCCUGACCACUCUGUCUCAGUGGUGUACCCAAACUCAGUCUGUGGUUCUCAUCAACCUGAAGCCUCGAAGCAGACGAGCCAACGAGGCGAGAGAGGAUUACCACAAGAUCACACGAGGCAGUGUGGAGCCGGGGGUGGAGGCCCUGCUGCGGUCAGCAGGGGGCAGUCUGCUCCACCUGUCUGUCUCUCAGUGUCCUCACAUCCUCACAGACCGGACUCUGUGGCUGGCCAGCUGCUACAGCCGGACCCUGCAGACACUCACGUACAGGAGUUCAUCAGACCCUCUGGGUCAGGAGGUCCUCUGGGCCCUGGGUGCAGGCUGCAGGAACAUUAGCACCCUGCAGGUGGCGCCAGCUCACCCUUGCCAACAGCCCACUCGUUUUGGGAACCGUUGCCUGCAGACGAUUGGUCGAUGUUGGCCACACCUCCACUCUCUCAGUGUGGGCGGGGCUGGCUGUGGGACUCAGGGAUUGGUUGCUUUGAUGCAAAGCUGUGCUCACCUACGAGUGUUGGAGAUGGAGCGUAUCACCGACCUCGGCCUGCAGGCGGCGACGGAUCUGUGUGAAGCCGGCCUGAAGAGCCUGGAGACCCUGAUCCUGACCCACACGCCCGUCAGCGGUCAGGCCAUCCUGCACUUCCACAGCGUGUGUGAAAACAUCCGGUCCAUCGUGGUCGAGGUUUCUGUGUCGGAUUAUUUUGAGGAGCCGGACACCGAAGAAUCUCAGCAUCUGUUUGGAGAAAUCCUCACGACACUGAAGGUUCUUCAGAAGCGGCCCGGUCUCUGCGACGUCCUAAAGGUUAAAGCCCAAGGAUUCUGCUGACCUCGACACACACACACACACACACACACACACACACACACACACACACACACACUUCUGUAUGUGAGGACCUUUAUUUAUAUUAUGCACUCUGUGACCCUUAACCCCUUAAAGUGGACUGUUCACCCCCCCCCCCCCCCUCACCAGGAAGCAGUGAAGUGCCUACACGUGUGACGUAGGGCUAGAAUACAUGAUACCUGUGAGUCCGGUUUGUGGCUGACAUAAUUAACACGAGCUUUAACGAAUCAUGAAAAUAAUGAAGCACAAUGAUACAGAACAACAACAUCACACAGGAGAAGUGACACAGGGUCCAGGAGGAAGUGAGGCUGCAUGUUUGAGCUCAUCAGGGGCUUUUAAUCAGAUUCAAACAUUUUAAUUAACUUUAAAUGAAGAGAUCAAAACUCCCUGCAGGGUCUGAAACACAACGCAACGUUAAAAACAUGAGGAGGAAACACUCAGACUUUAUUAAACACGGCUAAACAUGAGAUCCCAGAGUCUGCAUAUCUCCAUUUACUAGAUCAACAUACUGACAAACCACGCCCACUACCUGAUGACAUCAUCACCUGUGCUCCUUUACAUCCAGGUAGUAGAGCUUUAAAGACCUUCAGGUCUACAGUUAAAUACAUGUUAAUAAUUCCUUCAACAAAUGAGUAAUUCUGGACCUGACUAAAGUCCCUGAUACUAGUCCUGAGUCUAAACCAACAAAACCUCAAUUCUUUCAUCAGUCACCUGUUAGAAUUCAUUUACUUCACUUAACGAUGCACAGCCAUGUUUUCGUAUUUGAAGAGGUGGUGUUGUGCUAAGCUCAAACUUUGAAUUCAAUAUUAAAUGUGAGCAAACCUGUACAUUUUGUCAUGAACAUGUGUUGCAGUAGUUCCAGGAUGAGACCGCCUCACGCCGUUUGUAAUUAUAAAUAGAGAAAUCACAUCUUCCACAUCACACCUUUCUUUGAGCUCCAUCACGUCAGCUAUCAGAGGGAAGAACAAAGCCUGAUAAAGAGCAUGAACCCCUCUUCCUUAAGUGCACUGUUAGUUCAUAUCAAUUCACCUUAGAGCAACCUUUGAAUACUUUAAUGUCUUCGUGUCUUUAUGCAUUUUCAGUCAAACUUUUCCUUUUUGAUAAAACUCAGUUCUUCCCAUUAAAACCUUUCUCCACAAAAAA